GAGUCACUUGGAAGUACAGCACUAUGGCGGAUGUCAACGUGAACCAGACGAUCUCUGAACUAAAUGCUACUUUAAAUGAAACUAGCCAAAAUGCAACAGAGAAGUGGAAAGCAACACCUGAAGGAAUGGCCUUUGCGUACACUAGUUUAAUUUUGAUGGCCAUAUUGCCAAUUUUCUUUGGUUCUUUCCGAUCUGUGAAGCACCAUAAGGAACAAAAGGAAUCUGGAGAAAAACCUGACACCAUGUCUCACAGAGAUGCUGCCAUGUUCCCAUUGAUUGCAAGUGGUGCACUUUUGGGAAUUUACAUAUUCUUCAAGAUUUUUUCAAAAGAAUACAUAAAUUUGCUUCUUACCGGUUACUUCUUUUUUUUGGGAGUUUUGGCACUAGCACACAUUUUAAGCCCAGUUGUGAAUAAAAUGAUUCCAGAGAGCUUUCCAAAUGAAUUCUAUCAUCUGAUCUUCAGUAAAGGACAAGGGGAACAGAAAGAAGAAGUAAUCAACUAUGAGUUUGACCACAAGGAUCUUGUUUGUCUGUUCAUAUGUACUAUAAUGGGUGUCUGGUAUCUGUGGAAAAAGCAUUGGGUUGCUAACAACUUGUUUGGCUUAGCCUUUGCUAUAAAUGGGGUAGAGCUUCUUCACCUAAACAGCGUGAUCACUGGCUGCAUUCUUCUGGGUGGGCUCUUCAUCUAUGAUGUAUUCUGGGUAUUUGGUACUGAUGUUAUGGUCACAGUUGCAAAGUCAUUUGAAGCUCCUAUCAAGUUGGUUUUUCCUCAAGAUUUCCUUGAAAGGGGUGUGUAUGGCACUAAUUUUGCAAUGUUAGGGCUUGGAGAUAUUGUAAUCCCUGGAAUCUUCAUAGCUUUGUUACUUCGUUUUGACCACAGUCUGAAGAGGGAACGAAAUGUGUACUUCUAUUCGAGUUUCUUAGCUUAUUUUGUUGGACUAGUAACAACAGUUCUUGUAAUGACGUAUUUCAAGCACGCACAGCCUGCUCUCCUAUAUCUAGUACCAGCAUGUAUUGGAGUACCUUUCUUUGUAGCUCUUCUAAGAGGAGAUAUUAAAACCAUGUUCCAAUAUGAAGAUCACCCUGAAGAAUCAAAGACUGAUGCUGUGAAUGAUGAAAGCAAAGACGAAGUUAAGAAAGAGAAAUGAUGCUACUGUACUUAAAGUUGUGUAUGUCUGACAUUUACUGUGGGUUGUCAGCACAAUUUCAUUUGAUCCUUAAAUGUUUUGGGUUCUUUACCCUCAGAUUUCCUGUUCAGAGGUUGUUUUUUACAAAACCUUUGCAUUUUAUGACACGUUUGAACUAAAUCUCUUAUUUUUCUCUAGUGCAUUUGGCUAGAAACAAUAUUAUUGUGUAGUGAUGCUCUCAAAUAAAGAAGUUUUACUCUAUAAUCCAUUGUAAUCUGUUGUAAACUAAAGAUUGUCAUAUGAUUUACUAAGUUUAUUAGGAAAUUAAUUUUUUUAACUGAUUAAACUUGUGUAAUUUGUACUUUUGGAGUAUGAUAUUCACAGGGUCUGUGACAUUUUUUUUACAGGAGUUGCUUGUUUCAUCUACUAAACUUUUUGCUUCAUCAUUAUCAUUCAAAUACAUCUGUUAUUUUAAAGAAGUAUUUUGCAUUUCCUUGUUAUAUUAAUAUCAUAUAAGUUAUGUAGCAUAUUCAUCAGAUUUAUGUAUGCUAUCAGUUUCUAGUUGAUGCACUUGGUGUUAAAGUCAUUGUAACUAAUCAAGUUUCAUUUUUCUGCCCUUAGUUUGUUUGGUAUUAUUGUUUUUCUUUCCAAAUAACUGCAUUUCUCAAAUGUAUUCACACUUGAUCUACAUUUACAUAUGCUCAUCUGUUCAAAACAAAGUCAAUUCAUUGUAUUUUUUCAUUGUUUUUUCUUUGCAUAAAAUACACUUGAACAGGAAACCUAGGGAAAAGAAAAUCCUUUACGAUAAGGAGAAAAAACAUGUAUAUUAAUUUUGCAUUUUUUUUGGUGACGGAAUAUACUUUUAAUACCCUCAUGUUCAUUGUUUCUCUUUGUAAGUCUUCUCAAACGAGAAAUGACAUAAUUUGAAACCUUAAAUGGACCAUUUUGGCUUGCAAAAAAUCAAAGUCAAAACAAAGUCAAUUCAUUGUAUUUUUUUCUGUUUCCUUUGCACAAAAUACACUUGAAUAGGAAAUCUAGGGAAAAGAAAAUCCUUUAUGAUAAGGAGAAAAAACAUAUAUAUUCAUUUUGCUUUUUUUUUUUGGUGACGGAAUAUACUUUUGAUACCUUCGUGUUCAUUGUUGGACCAUUUUGGCUUGUGAAAAGAAUAUCAAGAUCUUCCAGUAUUCUUGAUAAUUACAUAAUAAUUCACUGAUAUGUGUUAGUUCAAAUACAAAAAAGAUUUUGAAGACUUAAAACAUUCCUACAAUAAGUUAUAAAGAAAACAGUAUUCAUUCCUUAUAAUGCCCAAAUAUAAUAAAUGGCACUACAAAAUGAAAAUUAAGUUAUCUUAUGCUUGAUUGCAUUCUCAUUUUAGAAUCAAAUACAUCGACACUUAUGUGAUGCUAGACUUCAUUAAUUACAGAUUCUUAUAACAUGUUUUUUAUUUUUCUGUAUAAGUGUGUCUGAAAGGUAUUAAUAAUUUGAAAUAAACUUUGUUUUUCUGAAAUGCUGAUUCAAAAACUAGUUUAGCAGCACAUUGAGUUGUGUAAUGUGAGAUUAUAUUUUUCAAGUACUGUAUGUGUAAUCUUAUUUAUUAAGAUUGUGCCUUUUCCGUUUACCUUAUUACAUAUUACACUUCAACAAUUCAAAAUAAAACCUCUGUUAAUAUUGAAGGAUUUAAUUAUUUAGAAAACAUGGUGUGUAAAAAUUAUUAUAAGGCAGAAUUAAAGUGUUAGAAGGAUUAUUAGAAAUUGUGCUACAACUGCUUGGCAUUUGUCUUUAAAUUAAUGUUAUUACAUUUAAAUAUAAAGAAAGAUAAUAAUGAAAAACUAAUGAACUAAAUUUGUGUAUUUAUUUAUAGAACAUAUUUGAUGAAUGAAUAUUAAGACAAAACUGUACAACAAUAGAAAUACUGAAUUACUGUUUAGAAUGGAUUAAAACUGUGAAUUUGUUGUAUUCUUGAAAUGGUGUCCUUUUGAGUUAUAAUAUUGUUCUAUAUAUAUUAAAAAAUCUGAGAAAAAUACUUAGA